UCGUCCCGUCGAGGUGAGGCCGCGGCACGUCGUUUUCCAUCGUCGGUCAUUCCGAAAAAACAGCUUAAAUAUACACUAAAUUGCAAUCAAUCGGCGACGGAAUUAUCUUCGAUAAGUCACGAAAAUUCAGUGCCCAUUUUGUCGUGAUUAUUUCGAUUACAUUAUUAUUAGUCGAUAUGUAAUCAAAUUUUUUCGAGGGACGAAAGAGAGAGAGAGAGAGAGAUAGAGAGAGAGAGAGAGAAAAGGAAGGAUUCGGGAGGAUUUUCUGUACGAGAUAAUAACGCGAAAGGAUUUAAGGAUUUGCGGUGAUAAAGCGUUACGUGUAUAUAAACACAUAAAUAAUUACUUAUGCAUAUAUAAUUGUGUGAAUGUAUGUACAUACAUAUUCUGUUGGGUGUUGUCAACGUGCUCCGGAAAUAGUGUGAUCAGUGAAAACUGGAACGUUUUUCAUCAAGGUUUGCUCCUCGCAUAAAAUGACAAGUGAUCAUCUAGGGAAAGAGUUUUUGAAAAAAUCUCCAUUUUGUCGCGAGGAAAAUAUCUGGAACUGGGUAAUUUGAGUAUCGCGACGAUCCCAUUAUUUUCGUGUUCCGAUGCCUCCGUAAAAUAUCGAGUAACUGGCGGAGGACGAUUCGUACUUUGUGAUAAAUUGGCAAUUCAUUAGUUUCCGGACGCUCUUUCGCUCGGAAAUAUUUGACGCGUAAUUAGGUUUUCAGCCGAUCGAUAACGCCCGUGGAACUCCGCCGAAGUGAAAAAAUCCGCGGGAAAAUUCGUUCGGAGGCGAAUGCGCGUUUGCACGACGCGAUUGAAAUUGUUGCAAAAAAAGUUCAUUGAAAGAUCUUCCGAUGAAAAAAUUGCUCAGUAAAUGCGAUCGGAGAUUCAGCUCUUUUUAUUGUCCUCAAAUCGGGUUUAUAAUCCCAUACCAUAAUUAAUGCGGAAGAAAAUCGUGUCGAUGAACAAACCAGUGGUGGAAAGUUCGUUGAUUAAAAGUUUUUGGCGCCAGGAAAAGUGCUUGGUGAAUACCGGUUACGGACGAUGAAAAAAAAAAUGAGUGCGUGAUUCAAGUGCUUUUUUUAACGAUCACGGAAAGCGUGCGUCGCUGUUUUCCGCUCACAUUAACAGAGGCAAGAAAAAUCAUUGAAAAACGUAAAAUCGUGUUGGGGAGAGAGAGUUCGUUCGUUUAUCGACUUGAGAUUUAUUCGAACGUAGUGAAAAUCAAUCGGUACCGUGUGGACUAUGGUGCUAUUGGUUCGUUUUGACGAGCUGGAAACUCGAACUCACGAGAUUUCUUCGUUCACUUAAAUCACAAGAAUGCUUUAAAGAGACGGAGAAGACAAGGAGUCUUCGAGAUGUCAGCCGUCACGAGUCCCUAUGGCCCAACGGAGAUGUUAUCUGACUCGGUGUACAAUUACGCGACGUCCCGACGGGCGACGACGGAUCAGGACAGCGAUUCACAGUUUGACACGCAGCCCCAGAUCGCUUUGCACACGUCGAAAAUGCAGAAGCCUCGAAACAAGAGGAAAAAUUUUAAACCAAUUAGCAGUCGAAUGGCCGAGGUUUCCGACGAUUCUGAAAGGGACGACGAGGACCAGAGCGAAGAAGCGGCCGUCGACGAAGCGAGCUCGAACGACGUUCUCGAAUACGAAAGGAAAACACUUUUGUUACCGACCGAGGAAAGAUCGAAGCAACAGAGAUUGAACAAUAAUGAGGCGAGUCCUAUGGACCUCUCCGUUGCCACGAGGCCACCCUCCUCCGAGGGCGACGACGACAGCAACGAUUCAAUGAGGAACAAAUUCAUUCUUGAGCAGCUUAGGUGCCAGAAACUUUAUUUACCCAGUGGCGAGGUGCCCAGUCCGAGUUCCGAAUUGUCCGACAAGAGUGACAGUCCCGCUCAAGAUCACGAGGACAUCGAUCUCGUUCUCCAGGACGAUCAAGAUCAAGAUUUCAAUGACGAUAGAAUCGAUCAGCAGGAGGGCGAGAACGAUAACGAUAAUGAAAACGAGAACGAGACUGACGGCGAGGAGAGGAAGCCGUUCGAGGGCAUGAGCGAAUACGCCGAAUCGACGAUGCAAGAAUUACUCGCUAUUUAUGGUUUUCCCAGUGGUGAAUUAGCUAAAACGGUAAACAGACAAGCGCCGCCGACCUUCCUCAAUCCUGCUGUCGGACACCAUUUGCAACAGCAUCAGCAUCAACUCCAACAACAGCAACAACAAUCGCAGCAUCAACAAGGAAAGGUCAAGGUGAAAGAAGAAAAAGACGCGUCGUCGAUGGCACCCGGAAGUCCUCCAACGCCGCCGCACACGCCUCAAAGUCCGCCGCGACAAAAUGCCUCGGGAAACUUGUCACAGGCGAGCCAAACCUCGAAUUCGGCCUCACCUUCCCUCGGCCAUCCUCUUCAGGCACUAGCCAACUCACCCCUAAGUCAAAUACUCGUGCAAAAUCCCGCCCUCGCCCAAUUGCUCCAACAAAACCCAGCGAUACUCGCCCAGAAUCCACAACUGGCUCAGCUGCUGCAACAAAAUCUUCAGGCGCACAUGGGCAGUGUUUUGUUACAGAACGCGAGGCGCGACGACAACGACGAUUCGAGGGUCACACCAACGAUUGUCAGUCUCGCAUCAAUGAAGGUCGAUUCAGCUGAUCCCAAAGUAUCUGCUUUACUGAGGCAGAGCAUGUCACCAGUGGCAGAGAAUUUAAUAGGCUCAAAAUCGUCGGCUCCACAGCCAAUAAUAGAUUACUCUCGAUACGUGAGGCGUUUCUCUUCAGGCCAAGAAUGUGGUAGUCCUUACUGCAAAGAAUUGGGGUGCAGAGAGCACUUUCAUUGUUUGGACUGCAGCGGGAGGGUUUUCAUAAAGAAGGAAGAGAUGAUAAGGCACUUCAAGUGGCACAAGAAACGCGACGAGUCGUUGCAGCACGGCUUCAUGCGGUAUUCGCCAACCGACGAUUGUUCGGAACGACAUCCAAGCCGAUCCUGUCCCCACAACAGGAAGCAGACUCACUAUCACUGCAUUCACGACAAUUGCGACAAAGUAUACAUAUCGACGUCCGAUGUACAGAUGCAUGCGAAUUAUCAUCGCAAGGAUUCGGCGAUAAUUCAGGAAGGCUUUCAACGUUUUCGAGCCACGGAAAAUUGCGCCACGGAGUACUGUCCCUUUGCGGGUCAACGAACGACGCAUUUUCACUGUCGGCGAUCCGGUUGUAGAUUCACGUUCAAGAAUAAGGCUGAUAUGGACAAACACAAAUCCUACCACAUCAAAGACGAGCAACUGUCACGAGACGGUUUCAAGAAGUUCAUGAAAAACGAAUCGUGUUCUUUCGAGCAAUGCCGUUUUUCCCGGGUCUGCAACCACAUCCAUUGCAUAAGACCGCACUGUAGCUACGUUCUUCAUUCCUCCGGUCAAUUGUUCUCCCACAAGCGUAAACACGAGCGGCACGAGUCCGAAUUGGCGUACAGAAAGUACAAGCAAGCCGGAGCUGGGGGAGCGAGGCCUUCCUGGCCCGCCGAGGACUUGGGAGCCCAGAGCUUGUCGCUGAGUCUGAACGGCGAGAGCUCGAACGAAGGACGCGGAUCUCCGUCAUACUAUUCGAUGGAAGAUUCCUUCCAGAGUGCAAGCGAUUUGGCAAUGGAUUUGACGGCCUCGAAUGCGACGACGCCUGUCGGUAGCCUCGCCGGCGGAAGCUCCACGAUAACGCUCAACGAGCAGCCACCCCAAUCGCCUCAAAAUCUCACGGCCGCAGAACUGGCUUACCUUUCACCCGCAUCGUCCGAUUGCCCGUGCAAUCUUGGCCGCGAACACCAUCACUGCGGCCUCGACAGGUGCGGCGCGACGUUGCGAGACCCUCGGGAAGUCCGCGAACACCUCCGGGAACACGAGACUCAGGAACGCAUCACCGACGCAUUCUUCGAGGAAGGUAACUGCGACGAUUCCUGCCCGUACUCCGACAAGGAGAAGCAUUAUCACUGCAAUUGGGAAAAUUGUCGAGAAGUUAUACUAGCCACGGAUAAACCCUUCAGGAGAUUGCAGCAUUACAAGAUCCACGAAUACAGCAGACAGCUGAAUCUUUCGUGUUCCACUCACGUCCUCUCGUCCGACGUUACGCUGACCCACCUGACCAACAUCGACGCGAUGUUCAGGAGAAAACGUGGUCGUCCACCAAAGAACCGUGUCAUCGAGAUCUGGUCGGGUGGCGAUCCAACGAGUCACACUCAAGAUUCACCCCAGGCCAUUUUCACGAGCUUUAAACUGCCAAAACCAACGCCCAGCUCGACGCCCAAUGCCACUUGUGACGAACGCGAGGGCAGUGUUUCACCUGCGAACAGCUUGGGCGGUGAACCCGAAGGCUUUUCCACUUACAACGUCGACAGUUGUCCCGAUCCGGCUUGUGUUCUCAGAUCCACGAAGCAUCACCACUGCUCCCAGUCGCGUUGUCACUUCUCCACCGACAGACCCGAUCAGCUCCUCAUGCACAGCAAAGAUUUUCACGACAACGUCGACAUACCCCCUGGCUUCGCCUUCUACGACAAAUUGGUCGACUGCCGGUUGCCCGGCUGUCACAGCAAUCGCGUUAACAGGCAUUUUCACUGCACCAGACCGAACUGUGGCUACUCUUUCGUGCGAUACUCCACCAUGGGAAUGCACGAGAAACAGCACACCGGUAACUCCAGUGACGGGCCCUCCGAUCAGAGCCCAAUGGAAUCGACAGGCCAAGAAUUACAGGCACAAACAGCAUCGAUGCUCGUCGGCGAAACUUCCAAGCCAAGAAUCCAGGUUAAAAAUGCUGCGGAACUCAUCGAUAAGCCUGAUCCGGAUGACAACAGAUUGAUCAUCGACGACAAGGAGGCGGGAAUCGGGAGCCCGGACGCCAGCAAGACCACCGUGGUGAGGGCGGCAGGCACCUAUUAUCCGGUCAGCGGACCGCCGUCGUGCGAGCCCGCACUACCGGGCACCGUUCUGUCCAUGCGAGCUUCCGUGCACCAAGAGACGCAAUCAAUGUCUUCGACGAGUUCGAGUUCGGCCCACACAGUCUAUGGACCUGAACAGAGUUGCAGCCGACCGUUUUGCAAGCUCAAACGAAAGAAUCACUAUCAUUGUAACGCCUGUAACCAGGCCUUUUCGGAGCUGGAUCGGCUGGUUGCUCACAUUGCGAAACACUCGACUGGGGCUAUCUUGAGCCAACAGCAACACGACAUGGUAUCAUCGAAUCCUCCAGCUCCACCGCCGUUGCCACCACCACCGCAGCAGCAGCAGCAGCAGCAGCAGCAGCAGCAGCAGAUGUCAUCAGUAGGUGUCCCGACGUCGCAGCACCAUCAGCAACAACUGCAGCAUGAUUAUCUCGCGCAAUUGUCACAAAAGCAUGAAUUCAUGACUCCAAAUGCACAAAUGGCGCAGAACAUUCAGAGCUUUCAGAAUAUGCAGAGGCAGAUGCAACAAACGCUGGGACAGAUGAGUCAACAGCAAUCGCAGCAGCUACAGCAGCAGCAGCAACAACAACAGCAACAGCAGCAGAUGAGCGUAAAGAAGGAAGUAAAAUUGGAAAGUCCGAGAGCGAGUAACCAAGAUUCCAUGAACAGCGGUGGCCAGAGUAGCGUCAAACGAGAACCAAACGAGGCUUCCCGUGCCGACGAAAUCGGCGGCAAUGUUUCAGUUUUUGAAGCUAAUGAGAACGGUCACAUGGUACAACAGCAUCAAGGGGCUUCCCAACUGUCAAGCGUUCAGCAAUCGCCGAGCGUACCAUCGGCAUUCGAACUCGGUCACGGUUUCCAUUUCGCCAGUCCGGCUGUGAUGGCUGCGAUGAAUCAACACUUGGCUCUGAUGAAUCAAGCUCUACCGCCGUUUUUACAACACGGUGGAAUGUACGGCGGGGGGCCUGGUUUGAUGUUCGCACCUGGAUUACCGCCCGGCAACUUUUUACCACCGGGCAGGGACGAGAAUCCUUUGGCUUCUUUGGCUGCCAAUCUGAAUCUCAACAAAAGGGAGCUCUCUCCAUCUGACGUGAAUUCCCCUGAAGCCAAGAAACAACGUCUGCAUCAUUCAAUGCGUAUGCUCAAGGACGAACCCGUGCCCGAAGGCUACGUGAGAUUUCGCUUCAACGAAGAUUGUCGAUACCCUCAUUGCGGCUACCGCGAACACCAGACUCAUUUCCACUGCAUGAGACAGGACUGUGGCUACUCGUUCUGCGACAAAACACGAUUUGUUCAACACACCGCCCGCCACGAACGUCUCGACACUCUGAUGGGUGGUGACUUUCAACAAUACCGAGCAAACGUUCCCUGUGGUCGUGCUCAAUGCGCCUACACUUCGAGCCUCGGCUCCAUGCAAAAUAAAGCCUCCCACUUUCAUUGUCUCAAGUGCGAUUUCGUGUGCACCGAUACCAACAAGGUCGUCGCCCAUCGGAGACAACAUGCCAAAUUGGACAGUAUCGCUGCUGCUGGCUUUCAAAAAUUCACACCGAGUCAGCCCUGCGGCGCCGUGCAGUGUCAACAUUCGGGCAAACAAACGCACUAUCAUUGUCUACAGUGCCAAUACGCUGUGCUCGGACUUGCCCAAAUGUCAGCCCACAAGUACCGCCACAUUGACGGUUAAAGUCUGCCACAUCGAGACCGAUCACGUCGAGCAGCAGUCCGUUGUGUGUUUCAUUCCCUCGUUGGCCAACGAGAACGUUGAGGCCUUUGUGUCUCAAUGCCUUUUGAAAAUAUCAACAAACCGCAGAACGACGCAAGUCGAGAGACGAUUGAAACACGUCGCUGCUGGCCAUCGGCAGUGUUCUACGAGUGCGUUUGUUCUUCAUCAGCGACACUCGGCAUCGUUCGUCAGCCAGUUAGUUGCAAGCACUGCUCGUGAUCGAGUUUACAUUGAUGAAAUUCGUGCUGCACCAUGGAGCCAUGCGCGUCAAGCACAUUUCCAACAACGAUGGCUGUCCCGAAGCCGAAUCCCUUGUUCCUAAGAACGACUGAUGAGACUAUAAUGAUUUUUAUUUCUUUCGAAAAGUUUGAAACCAACGAAAAACAUAGGCGACAAUAAAUAAAAACGGAGGACGAAACGAGAAGAGAGUCUGAAGAGAGUGUAUCUAAAUAACGGUAGCUUUAGCACACGAAGAAAGACAGACAUUGUAAUAUUUAAUUAAGUAGUUGAAAGGGGAGUGUGUAGUGUACAGUUUUCAUUUUUCGCACUUCCCGAAUAACGCGAAUGCCCCCAUGAGAGAGAGAGUUAAUCGAGAAUUGCACGUUUUUCGUCCUCGAGGGCGUCCGCAAGUGUUUUUUGUUUUUUUUUUAUGAUUAUUAUUAUUAUUUUUUUUUAUUUUCUUUGUCUCACCGUAUUGCGGGAGGGCACGGUUAAGAUGGUCCGAACUCGAAAAUACAUUUCGAGUUUCAAACGUUGGUCCACACUAGUCAACGUUUUACCGUUUAUUUUUUAUUUUCUUUUCUUUUGUUUUCUCUUUUCCUUUCCCUGUAUUAUUCACCGACCAUGGGCAAUAAUCAAUGGUAUUUUAAAAUCCUGAAAGUUCGAAUGAGUGAGAAAAAUAUUGCUGUUGCGGAGAGUGUCAACGAUCUCGAGAAUAAUGACGAAUUUGACAGACUUUUUUUCGAGAUUGCGAUAAGCCCUGAAAAAAUAGACAGAAAGGAAUCGCACUAGUUGACGUUUCAACGAAUGAAUUUAAGCCACAAAAUAUUGAACACCAUGCAUCAGUGAGCCUCUGAAAAAGAAGAAUUCUUUCGGUCGUCUCUGUAAUUAUAAAUCGUACUGAAUGAAUGAGAGGGCAAUUGUAUGUGCUUCUUCGUCGCAGCGUAUAAUCGUAUUACAAGCAGUAUUGAGAUAUCUUAAUGAACGAGAAAAAAAAUCGAUACAAAACAUACACGUCUCGCCUAUGAAAAAAAAAAAAAAAUAAAUAAAUAAAUAAAUAACAAAAA